UAUUAACAACUGUUCCACAACUGUUGAGUCUGCUGAACUCGCCUAUUGGAAGGAUAAAACGAAAAUUCUAUGGAACUCCAAAGCGUUUGAACUACCUUAUAAACAUUGAACUACUCCAACUCACAAUUUGACAUUCAUGAUAAUUGAACGUCAUGUGUUUAGAAGAGUGGAAGAAACAUGCUGAAAAUACUACAUCUAUCAAGAAAAUACUCCAUCUCAGUCCCUAUGAGUAAAUUCGACAAAGCACCACUGCCCUACGAACGUCUCUCAAAAAAACUGCAGGUAGUCAGACAAAAAUUGAAUCAUCCACUGACACUAGGCGAAAAAGUCCUGUAUUCCCAUCUGGACGACCCUGAACACCAAGAAAUACAAAGAGGCAUGAGCUAUCUUAGACUGAGGCCCGACAGGGUAGCUAUGCAGGACGCCACUGCCCAAAUGGCGGUGUUGCAGUUCAUCUCAAGUGGUUUAUCAAGAGUUGCAGUUCCAACCACCAUACAUUGUGAUCAUCUCAUAGUGGCCCAGAAGAAUGCUGAAAGCGACCUCAAGAGGUCUAUAGAAAUGAGCAAGGAAGUCUUUGACUUCUUGGGCUCGGCGUCCCAAAAAUAUGGGAUAGGUUUCUGGAGACCAGGAGCAGGAAUCAUACAUCAAAUCUUCCUAGAAAACUAUGCUUUUCCGGGUCUCUUAAUGAUUGGUACAGAUUCUCACACGCCGAAUGGUGGUGGCUUGGCCGGACUUUGUAUUGGAGUUGGGGGAGCAGACGCUGUAGACGUUAUGGCUAACAUUCCUUGGGAGGUCAAGUGUCCCAGAUAUUUUGGAAUAAAACUUGUAGGUAAACCUUCAGGUUGGACAUGCCCCAAAGAUAUAAUUCUGAAACUGGCUGGAAUUUUGAGCGUCAAAGGUGGCACAGGUGCCAUCUUAGAAUAUUUCGGUCCAGGUACUGAAGAAAUUUCGGCAACUGGGAUGGCCACCAUUUGCAACAUGGGGGCAGAGUUAGGAGCUACAACUUCCGUAUUCCCUUACAAUGAAAGGAUGAGGAAUUACCUUAAAGCUACAGGUAGAGAUGACAUUAUGAAAAUAGCUGAUGAAUACAAGAAAGACCUAUUGAGCCCUGACGAGAACUGCAAAUACGAUAUUGUUAUAGAUAUGGACUUGAACACACUUGAACCGCACGUUAACGGACCUUACAGUCCAGAUUUAAUCAACCCCAUAAGCAAACUGGGAAGCAACGCAAAACAAAAAAAAUGGCCUAUAAACAUAAAAAAUGCCCUCAUUGGUUCUUGUACCAACAGUUCCUACGAAGACAUGACACGAUGUGCUUCUCUAGUUAAAGAAGCUCUAAGUCGUGGUGUGAAAGCUAAAAUCCCAUUCUACAUAACACCGGGUUCCGAACAAAUCCGCCUCACAAUGGAAAGAGAUGGACUCAUCAAGUUAUUCACAGAGUUUGGAGGUACAGUCCUAGCUAACGCAUGCGGUCCUUGUAUAGGUCAAUGGGAUAGACACGACGUUAAAAUGGGCCAAAAAAACACCAUUUUAUGCUCGUAUAACAGAAAUUUCAGCGGUAGAAAUGAUUUGAAUCCAGGCACCCACUCUUUUCUGUCUUCUCCAGAAAUCGUCACUGCUAUGAGUAUGGAGGGUACUCUCAAAUUCGAUCCAACGAAAGACAUGCUCACCGAUAAAGAAGGGAAGAAGUUUCAACUGACACCGCCGAAAGGAUCUGAAUUUCCACCUCAAGGUUUUGCCGAAGGAAGUUCGAAAUUGUACGUUAAACCAGAAGAUAACGCUGAGUCGGUACAAAUUAAAAUUGACCCUUCAUCCAAGAGGUUAUCCAAGUUAGAACCCUUCGCCAAAUGGGAUGGCAAAGAUAUGCUGGAUAUGUUUAUCCUCAUCAAGAUUAGAGGGAAGUGUACAACUGAUCAUAUAUCACCAGCAGGACCUUGGUUGGACUAUAGAGGACAUCUGGACAACAUCUCGAAUAACCUCUUCAUUGGAGCUAUAAAUGAGGAGAAUGGACAGAUGAAUCUGGUGAAGAAUAGACUUACUGGCGAGUGGGAUACUGUCCCUAAUGUCGCCCGACAUUACAAAGCCAACAAAAUGAGUUGGGUUGUUAUAGGAGAAGAUAAUUACGGAGAAGGCAGCUCCAGAGAGCAUGCAGCACUUGAACCAAGACAUCUGGGUGGCAAAGCCAUCAUAGUCAAAUCUUUCGCUAGAAUCCACGAAACCAACUUGAAAAAACAAGGUUUGUUGCCUUUGACAUUCACCAACCCGGCAGAUUACAUCGAAAUUUUACCUACAGACAAAAUAAGCGUGAUAGGACUUGCGAAACUAUCUCCAGGUAAAGAUCUCGAGUGCUUGGUAAAACACGCAAAUGGAAAAACAGAAACUAUAAAGUUGAGUCAUACUUUUAACAAGGUUCAAAUUGAAUGGUUCAAAGCCGGAAGCGCUCUAAACAGAAUGAAGACCUCUGUGUAGCUCAUCAGACUCCAUUUAAGAUAUGUAAAGUGCUAAAUAAAAGUAUUGUCGAAGUAAAAA